AUGCAAACACGACUCAAGGAUGCUAACGAAUCAUCACCUGCAGUCACCAAAGCAGGUGUACCGAGUAGCAAGAUCUAUGUGGGAGAGUCUAGCUACGGCCGCUCAUUCAAGAUGGCUGAUCCCUCUUGCACAGGCCCUACGUGCAAGUUCCUCGGCUCCAAGAACGAUUCCCCGGCCAUCAAGGGGGAGUGCACCGGUACGGGCGGCUACAUUUCCAACGCAGAAUUGCACAACAUCAUUCAAGACGGUGGCAGUGAUGUCGAGUCCUGGUAUGACAAGGACUCGGACUCGUACAUUGUCACUUACGGUGGCACCGAUUGGGUCGCAUUCAUGACUGAGAUCACGAAAGAACGGCGGCGAGGGGAGUGGAAGGGGUACAACUUUGCCGGGACCAUUGACUGGGCGGUCGACCUGCAAGCAUAUACUGAUGCUGACGCGACCGGUUUCAACGAUCCGGGCUGGGAGGAGGUCCCGGACGCCAACUUCCCAGACUGCACGUCAUCAUAUACGAAGCUCGAGGACAUUCCUCGCGACACUGACAACUACUGCAAUGACUUUUAUAUUGUGCAGAUCCUCCGCGACGCCCUGAAGGCGUCCAUUAAGCAGUACGACACGCUCAUGGCCGACGGCUACGACAAAAAGUUCAACACGUACUCGGACGCGGUGGCCAAGAGCGGCAACAAGGUCAUUGAGAACUUCAUGUACACCAAAGGCGACGACUACUUCAGCUGCGUUAUCGUCGAGGAGUCCAUGUGCCGCCCCCACGAUCGGGACUACAACUUCCCGGUCGCGGACGGGUACGACAAGGACGACGUGCUGAACCCCAAGGACGUGGUCCAGGACGCGCGCAAGGACCUCGAGGGCCUCGCGCCCAGCAUGGACACGGUCAUCGACAUGAUCAAGAACAAGACGUACACGGGCGACACGCGGGACCUCGUCGACGCCCUGACGCUGCCCGUCACCAUGGUCGAGGACGCCGUCGACAACAUGCAGCAGAUCGACGACAUUGUCGACAAGUGGGACGCCGAGAAGCGCAAGAACAUCAUCCUCGCGUUCCUCUCGGCCGUCUUCUUCCUGGUCCCCGUCGUCGGGCAGGUUGCCGGCGCCAUCGGGACACUGGCCAACGUCGCACGCAUCGCCAUCAUUGCAGGCACGGUGGGAAACGUCGCGCUGGGGAUUUAUGAUGCCGUGGACAACCCCGAGAACGCGCCGCUGGUCAUCUUUGGCAUCAUCCUCGAGCCGCUCGCGCUUAUGGACCUCGCAAAGCUGUCCAAGGCUGCCCGGGCCCGCAGGGCCAUGUCUGCCGACGAGGUCAAGGCGCUCGGGGCCAAGCCCGGCGGGAAGGUGGAGGAGAUUGAGGACCUCAUCGGCCUCAAAUGCGAUAAGCCCAAGAAGAGAGACUUUCCCUUUGGAAGCCUACCCAUGUCCAGCCUGCGCGGAGUACAGUAUGAUGUCCCUAUCGACGGGUUGUGGUAAAGCUAGGCAUGGCGGCAGGCGUGUCGGUGCUUUCUAUCGACGAGACUAAGGACAGCUGCUUCGUUUUAUGAAAUGGGGGAGACUCGACAUCUCGUACAGUGUACAGUACCGAUUCGUAAGUGUUCAACUUCGAGGCAAUUCAUGCAGUCAUGGUCGGCAGCUUGCUUUCUGUUGCAAAUGCUUUUCCUUCACACAGAGUGCGCUUACGUGAAAUGGUCAGUGCAUGUUCGUG